AGAGUGCGAAAAGGAAGCUUUCGAUUUUUCGUCCCCUCUUGUGUUGUCUGUGUUUCUCGAGGAUUUAACGCUUUGGGAUAUACGGUCGAAUAGUCCAGUUGGCCGAUCAAAGCCAAAACCAACGUACAGUAAACACGGAGUAUACGGAGGGUCGCACUAUUGCUACGCGCAAGACAGAAAGAACACGGAAAGCUAGACGGAAACUUGCGGCCAGCGUCCGAACCUCUUCAAAAGUGACAUCGAGGUUUUACAAAUACUGGAUAUUGUUUUGAGUUUGCUCUGCAGCUGUAGAAGGGGGAAUAAAUGCUUUUAAAGUUUCAGGAUUUUAUGGCAAUAUCUAAACUGUGAGCCAGCAUCUGAAUGAAGGCCGGCCAUACACCCAACGAGGUUUCCAUCACUGUUUUAUGGUCAAAUGACAUAUUUUUUAAAACAGUUGAUAAUGAUUGAUUUGACAAUCAAAGACUUUUUAAAUGAUACCUUUUAAUCCUAUAUGUAGUUUUCUUUUUUUAUUGAUGUUAGAGUAAUUUUAGAGAUGCUUUAACCAGUUGAGUUUUAUUAGAUGUGUACAGGUAUCUAGCUUUGUUUGAUAGCUGAGGUGAGACUGGAACAGAUUACAUUUCUUGGACAAUAAUUGCAAUAUUAAAAAUUAUCAUGCAUGUAUAGAGGUUUUUAAGUAUUUGCAUAAUUCUGCUCCCAACUUCCUAAACUAUUGAAAUUUAUAAUUCAAAAGAAGCUAUAUUUGGUUUGGUCAAGAUGGCAUUCUCAAUGAACUUUACUCAAGAGUUAAGAGGAGGAGAUGCCUUCAUCUGUACAGAGUGUGGUGAAGGAUUUAGACUGUAUCCAAAACUUGUUGAACACAUGGCCAUUCAUGGACUUACUGGUGUAUUUUCCUAUGAUGGUGUUAGCAAUGGUAGUUCUGUCAACCCAUCCAUUGAGGUUGCACUCCAUGAAAAUGGAACACUUACUGUGGUUGAUCGGUCCGUCUUGUCUAACUUUACCUUCUUGUUUGGAAAACCUACACCAAAGAGAUUGUGCCCACCCCCCAGUCAAGAAACCAUCGUUCCAUCUAAGAUGCCAGAAAAAGAGCCUGCUCUGUAUAAAUGUGAUAGAUGUGGACAAGUGUUCAAAACCCCCAAAAGCUUACAUCUGCAUCAGCAGUACCGUGCCCUUGAACAGGGGUUCAAAUGCACCCUAUGCUGCAAAGUGUUAAAUGAUCGAGAGAGCCUGCAGAACCACCUUCAAAACCAUGCUCAUGAACGCUUUUAUAGUUGUGGACACUGUGGAAAGCGAUUCUUAAGACAAGAGACCUUGCUGUCCCAUCAAAAACAGUGGCAUGGAUCUGCUUCUUCCAGGAUUUUGAGUAGAUCACAGGAAGAUCAAGAAAACAGCAUGGAUAGGUCUUAUCCUUGCAAAUCUUGUGGCUUGCGCUUCUUUUGGUUGUCUGACUUACAAAGCCACCUCAACAGUCAUUCUCGUGUCGUCAAGUCACCCAAUGAGGUGAUGCAAGAUCAGGGACUUGGAGAAGAAAACAGGAAAAUUGAUGAUAAUUCAGUUAGUGCGCCAUGUUGUGGACUGUGUGGGCAAAAUUUCCACAACAUUUCAGAUUUAAGAGAGCAUCAUAAAGUCGAACAUCCAGAUGAGAUUGAAGUAAAGGAUUCUUCAGGUUUACCAGCUAAGACGAAACCACAAUAUCAUGGUGUAAUGCGACACAUGGUUGCAAAGCAGCACAAGCAGUUGCUGAGGGCAAACAUAAAAGGAAAACCUAAGAGAAUCAACAUAGCCAGCUAUAGUGGUAAAUUAUUCUCCUGCAAGCACUGCCAUCGUGUCUUUGUACACUCAAGCAGUCUUUCGCGUCAUAUGCGAUACCAUAAGGGUACUCUGCAUGCCUGUGUUUAUUGUGGAAGGCACUUUCCACAAAGAUGUGAUGUCACAAGGCAUGUGGCCAUGCACCACACUUCAGAGGUUCAAUCCAAAUCUCAGGAAGAGUCAACGACGGAACAUGAGACUGGAAAUGGUGAACAGGAACCUAUGAAAGAAUCAACACAAACAACAAGCGAUGGUGAACAAGAAGAUCUUGAAGAAGAAAAUCAACCCGCAUCCAAGCCAGAAGACAUGUUUGGUUCUCGAUAUAAGAAAACUUACAAGCCAAAGAUGAAGUAUAAAUGCAAAGAAUGUUGCAGAGUCUUUGGACUACUUAGUGUUUUUCAGCGACAUAUGGUUCACCACAAGAGAAAUCCCUACAGAUUAUUGCUAAGUUGCCCUCUCUGUCCAAGCCGCUUCUCAUUUACCUCUGCUUUAAAUCGCCAUCUUGAGUGUCAUCAUAAAAGAGACCCGGGGACUGAUGUCACAAAACCUCCUGAAAGUAAUGACAUUGAUUCCAAAGAUCAACAAGAAGAUUCUGCUACCGAAUACCCUGAUCCAAAUGCAAAUAUUGGCAUGUCAUCCGAAAUACUGAAUGAAUCUUCUGAAUGUUCUCAGAUCUAGUGAUCCACAAUAUGGCCAACAGCACAUGGACACUCUCCUGUAAUUAACAGAUUUGGCUACUCCAUAAAUUUCAGUAUAAUGGCUAUUCCAUAAACUUUUUUUUGGGGGGGGGGUGGCUUUUGUUCUGUUUGUGUUUUUUGUCUAAAAUUUCAUUUUAAUUACAUCUGAGGUCAGGGACCGUUGAUGGAAAAUGUGUUGGUGUUCUGUACCCAAAGGCAUUUAGGUCUUAUUAUAAGCUGUCCUUCUGGAAAAUGGCUCUACUAAUAUAGUUGCAUUAAAGUUGGAAUAUCUAGCCACACUGUAAACAAAUUCUGUUAUUUAACAGUUUCCAUAUUUUAUGAUUCACAAGUGUUUUUGUUUAAUUGCUGUUGUGAAUUGCAUUAUGGCACCUUGAUCUCUGCUCUGUUGACUUCUGAUGUUGAAAAUUCAACUCUGCAGUUUAACAAAGUGACUUUUAUUGGCAUUUUAAUAGUUUGAAAUAAUAUAAUGUAUACAAAAUAAUGUAGAAAGAAAUAAGUCAAUAAAUAACAAAAAUGUAUUGGUAGUUUAUUACAAGUUUUUUGUACCAUAACAUACAACACCAACCCAGACAAUGUAUCACUUAAAACUAUUAAAAUAUAUAAACAUGAAUCACAAAAUAUGAAAAAGCUGCUAAUUUACAGAUAUUUUUUUACAGUGAAGACCUAUUACAAGAGAGUGUCCACACUAAAGAUGUAGUUAAUGUCAGUACCAUCAGUGGUCAUAGGUACUGACACAUUUUACAUUUUCUAUUCUUAAAAUGUUGUACUUCUAUAGCAUUGGGCUUUUCAGAGGUUUCAAAUGCUUGUUUUUCUUGUGUGUUGCAUUUAAUGUAUAUAAAAUGUUCCCAUCAAAUAUUCUUGUGCGUCUUUCGAUUUUUGGAUAUGCUGUUGCAGUUCUAAAUUGUGUCAUACACAAACUUAAGGGACCUGUAAAAGAAUCUUUAUAAUACCAGAGUAUCUGAAAUGUUAUGCAUAUCAGUAGCAAUUAUGCAUUAGUACAUUUAGCAAAAUAUGUAUUUUAGCUGUUUUUAUAACAAACAACGUAGAUUUCAGUAGUCUCCAUACAGGCUAAACAGCAAAGCUUUUAUUUAUUUAUUUUUAUUUUUUGUAUCACCAUGUUACGAAACAUAAUUUUACUAUUAUCUGACAUCAGUAGUUUUGUGCAAGUCUGGUUUCACUUGUUUAAAUAAAGAAUUCUGUUUUUCUUCUACAA